GCGCGGGUGCGCGCGGAGGGCGUUGAGGCGCAGCAUGAGGGAGCGACCCUCGCCCCGGCGCCAUGGAGGGGUUCGCCGGCCGCGGGUACGGCACGGACGGGCCCAGCAACCGCCCGCUCUUCGGGGAGACCUCGGCCAGGGACAGAAUCAUCAAUCUAGUUGUUGGUGGCUUAACGUCCUUGCUGCUUGUUGUCACGCUAAUCAGUGCUUUUGUCUUCCCGCAACUACCUCCAAAGCCUGUGAAUGUAUUUCUUGCUUUCUGCAUCUCCUUGUGUUGCAUCUCUGCUGGCAUACUUAUCUACUGGUAUCGACAAGGAGACCUGGAACCUAAAUUCAGGAACCUGAUAUACUAUAUAUUGUUUUCUAUUGUCAUGUUAUGUAUAUGUGCCAACCUGUACUUCCAUGAAGUGGGUAAAUGACAGACAUUGGAAGCCCCAGCAGUGAUGCUGAGGCUGUGUCAGACCGCUUUUAGCUCGGCUCUCAGCUCCGCUCGAGAUGUUGAAGCAAGGACGAUCAGCCUGAGAGGCAAGAAGUGGGUUGUGCAAGGAUAAAUCAGUACAUGAUUUUCAUGUAAAUGUAUAUGUAAUGUCCCUCUUGGUGGGGAGAACUGUUGCCGUAAACCGUGACAUUCUGCUUUCUUUUGAAGAGCUCCUGUUGCGCUUGAUGAACAUUCCAGUUGUGCUGAUGGUUCAGAAUGGCACAAGCUUUUUCAUUUUAGAAAAACAAAACCCCCUGCAUUUUUUAUGACUGUACAAACUGCAGCAUUGCA